AUGGUCGAUGGCAAAUGCUCGCACUGUUUCCAUGGGAAGGUGACUGGGAUCCGUAAUGAGGUAGUGUGGAGGAACAUCGACCAGAUAGUAUCGAUCCAAUACCCAGCGGAGCACGAUUGCCCAAUCGAUGGAUUUGGGAACAUUCAGCUCAUUGUAUGGAAUUUCAUCACUCUCCUCACUGCUGGCAAUUUUCGUCGUAAUGUCUUGGAAGCAGCUGUCAAUGAUGCCGGUGAUUUCUGGACUUUUCUCCUUGCUGCGACGGUUGAUGACCUGUCGUUGCGCCUCGUUCACCCCACUGUCAUGGAUCUGCUUGCGCAGCCGUCCCAACGCGGUGGCAAACUCGGGAUCCGCCAGUCCCAAUGCCUUGCCAAGAUUCCAAGCGGCAGAAUACGUCAGGUCCAUGAGGUUGAGGUUGGGGUCCAGAAUCUGCAGCUUGGAGCCGGUGGUCGAGCUGGCGGGCCAUUGAGUUCCGGCGGGAAAUGGGACAGCAGACGGUGCAAACGGACUCUUGGUAAAGGCAGCAGUGAUGUCUCCAGUUUGGACACGGUACCUAACCAGCGAGAAGCCGUCAUCUAUCCGCUUCUUCAAGCGUUCAUUGAUGUUCUUGGUCAGAUCUGUAUCGCCCGAACCGCCCAGAAGCUCUCCGUCACUCGCACUCAAGUUGGGUUUGAGGACACUUAA